AUGGUCAAAUCGCUAUUCAACAUCUGUCUGGCGGCUGUUUGCCGCCAUCAGUUGUACGGGUACGUGGCCGAUUUGCCCACGUCUUGUAAACAGCGCCUCCUCGAAUUCUUCAGCUCUCAUGAUCAGCUCUUCCUGUCGGAGUGUGCUCGAAUUGUAUCAUCAGCAUCAUUCGGAAGGAAUCUCACCGAACUACGCUUCUAUUUAAGCGACCAGUUAACGGACAAUAUUCUGGAAGCGAUUGCUGCUCACAGCCGUGCGCUGCAACAAAUUGCGAUCAUUUUCUGCCAGAAUGUCUCGGACAAGGUCCCCUUCUUAUUUUUUGAUGUAAAUGUGGACAUCGGCGAAGCGGAAAUGGUCAAAUCGCUAUUCAACAUCUGUCUGGCGGCUGUUUGCCGCCAUCAGUUGUACGGGUACGUGGCCGAUUUGCCUACGUCUUGUAAACAGCGCCUCCUCGAAUUCUUCAGCUCUCAUGAUCAGCUCUUCCUGUCGGAGUGUGCUCGAAUUGUAUCAUCAGCAUCAUUCGGAAGGAAUCUCACCGAACUACGCUUCUAUUUAAGCGACCAGUUAACGGACAAUAUUCUGGAAGCGAUUGCUGCUCACAGCCGUGCGCUGCAACAAAUUGCGAUCAUUUUCUGCCAGAAUGUUUCGGACAAGGUCCCCUUCUGUACUUUCAGAAAACAGUCACUUGCACGAGAGGCGAUUACUAAUGGGCAGCGAAACCUCGAAAAGUUGGAAUUUCGAGCACUGAAAAAACUGACAUCAAAUGGCCUAUCACUGAUCAGUUCUGAUUUCCUGCACUCGGUGGAUCUCAGCUCCUGCACACAGGUUUCUCCCCUCGUCGAGUAGUG